UGCUUUUUAUCUCUACAGAAAAACAAAAUCCUCUUCUUCUUUUCUACACUAUAAAGUCCUUGAGCUUUUGUCACUCCGAUCAUCCCGAUAUUUGCUUCCUCCUCACACACUGUUUUUGCUCUCUGAUUUCCCGGGAAUCUCAUUUCUCUUUUUCCGGCGCAAACUCGGAUAUCCCGACUGUUUCUUCUCUAGCUUUUCUGUCAUAUCAAUUUCCUUUCGUAAUUUCGCUUGUUGGGUUUGAUUCUUAUCGUCGGAUCGUUCAAAGUGUCGUGACCUUUGAUCAGAGCUUUCGUGUCUUCAGACGACCGUUUGAGUUUCCUUGAAGGUUAGUUAAAGAAAACAGAAACAGGAAAAGACAGAGACAAAGAGUGACCGUUUGUUUGUCCGGAGAAUUGGCCGGAAUAUAAAUAUCUCGGGUUGCACGUAAAUGUUUUGUUGUGGAAUUGGUAACGUUGUUGCCAACGAAGACUCUCUGUAAGAGAAGACUGAGUAGUACCUUUGAACUUCCCUCCUUCCGUGAAUUUUGUCGUCGAAAAAUAGAAGUCUUUGUUCUUCUUGCCUUCCUAGGCCCAUUUUCGCGUUUUCUCUUCUUCUCUGUUCAAAGCGAAAUCAAAUCCCGACAAUCAGUCUCUCCCUUUCUUGUUCCUCCCCUUCUCUCUCCUCUGUUUUUUUUUUGGUUUCUCUCUCUAUUUUUAUAGCUUUUUUCCAACUCUGUUUUCCGGGUUGGGUGAGAGAAGGCUCCUUCCUUUUGUUUUUUGGUUUCUCCCUCGCUGAUUCAGAGCGAGCGAAAACUUCAAUUCGCUCUCUCCCCUCCUCUCUUUUUUACCUUCUCUCCAUCUUUUUUCCAGAGCCAGACGAUGAUUUUGGACAAAGGGUCAAUGCAAUCAAACCUUGAAUGCUUCCUCCAUGGUACAACCCCUGUGCUCCAACCCCAAUUCUUGCCCAAGUCUGAGAUUAGGAACCUUAAUCGUCUAUGGCACCCGUGGGAGAGAGAAAAGGUUGAGUAUUUCACAUUGAGUGAUUUGUGGAACUGUUUUGAUGAAUGGAGUGCUUAUGGUGCCGGAGUUCCGAUCACCUUGGACAGCGGUGAGACACUUGUGCAAUAUUAUGUUCCUUAUCUCUCAGCUAUCCAAAUCUUCACCAGCAAUUCCUCAGUAAAUAACCUCAGGGAGGAAACCGAGUCAGGUGAUUGUGAGACGAGGGAUUCGUUUAGUGAUUCAUGCAGUUUCGAGAGUGAAAGUGAUAAGUUAUGGAGAUGGGAUGGAUGCUCCUCAGAUGAAGGUGGAUUUGAGCAAGACAAUAAUCUGUGGCAUCUGAAUGAUAGAUUAGGAUAUCUUUAUUUUGAGUAUUUUGAGAGAUCAACUCCUUAUGGAAGAGUUCCUCUCAUGGAUAAGAUUAACGGAUUAGCUCAAAGAUACCCCGGCUUGAUGUCAUUGAGGAGUGUAGAUCUUUCACCAGCUAGUUGGAUGUCUGUUGCUUGGUACCCAAUUUAUCAUAUUCCAAUGGGAAGAACUAUAAAGGACCUCUCCACAUCCUUCCUCACUUACCACACCCUUUCAUCUUCAUUUCAAGACAUGGACCUCGAAGAUGAUAUGGAGAGUGACGAGCAACGGAAGAGAAAGAAAGGAGAAGGCAUCUCUCUGCCUCCAUUUGGGUUGGCUACUUACAAAAUGCAAGGGAAUCUGUGGGUCUCGGGCAACUGCGGCCGGGACCAAGAAAGGCUAAUGUCGCUGUUGAGCGUGGCGGAUUCUUGGCUAAAGCAGCUAAGGGUCCAGCACCAUGACUUCAACUACUUCACCUCAAUCAGGCGUGGUGGCCAGUGCCACUACCUAUGAAGCUUUGAGAACAAAUUUCGUUUGCAAAGUGAAAUCAGAAAUUGACCACAGAAAAAAAAAAAUCCUCCUCCUCUUCUCUUUGGACUUUGUAUAAUUGGUUUUUUCUUUUUUCCGGAACCUUUGUUUUGGCCAUGAGUCUGAGGGUAUCUCAUUGUGGUUAAGAUUGAUUUAGGGUGUUUUAGUGUUCAGUGGUUGACUGUGACUCCUUUUGUUGGGCUUUGCAUGUAAAUUAGAGAGAAAGAUGGGUGAGGUUAGAGAGAGGGAGGCUUUUUGAGCCUUGAAUUAUGAGUUUUCAUAGUGCUUUGUGUAAUAUUCUCUUGUCCAUUUUUGUGGAAUUGAGAUGAAGAAAAUGAAACCUUUUGGUUUUGCAAAUU